AUGCCAAAAAUCAUGCCCACACCUUCGCCGUAUCCUGUGGCGACAAGCAAGCUUGGGGGCAGUCUUGGCGGCAGCGGGGCCGCCGCUGCCGCUGCAGCGCUGAGCGGCUUCAACCACGGCGGUGGCCACAGCGUUUUUAACAGCACGUUGCGAAACCAGCUGCGGACGCAAGGCACCGCUGCAGUGCCGGCGGUGACGGCUGCCGCUGCAGGGCUUAAUGGCACGGUGGCAAUGCAGUACCCGCUGCUGCAGCCACUUCAACCUGCGCUUAGGGAGGCGGUGGUACUGCAGGCCAGGCGCAAUGGCACGGCAGCGGCCGCCGCCACCGGAAAUGCGCUGCUAGUAUCACAUGAACUCCGGAACCGCGGCCAGCAGGCAGGGCUCCGUAAUCCAGAUGGCGACGUCGGAAGCUCCAUUUUUACGCAGCGCUUUAGAUCGGCGGUUUCUUUGAAUGAUCUGGCGGCGUACAGCCAUGGCGACGUUUGCCGGAAGCGGCUAUGGCGGCGGCCAAAACGGGUUGUCCCCGGUCUGGACAACUUCAGGGGCAGCCUGGGCAUUCUCCAUAGCGUUGCGGCGGCGCGAAUGUCUGUGCAGUACACUGCACAAGGUGCUCCUUCGACGAAUCUCGGCUGUUCACCGUCCGUUCCCGAACCCAGCCUCAACGGGGCCUCUGGUCUUAACGCUUUCAUGCACCCGGCAACGACGGCUGCGCUUGUGGGUGGCCUCCAGGGUCUUGCAAGCAGCGCCGGAGGCGCGGCAUCGGCGUCGUUCGGCGCCACUGCGGGCGUGGUCGCACCGUCGCGCUCCCGGGCACGGCUGGCCAAUAAGCACCCCCUAGACAACUUCUUGUGCCCUUUGACGGGACGUCUGAUGCUGAAUCCCGUUACCGCUGCCGACGGACACAACAUAGCGGUUUCAUUUUCAUACUAG